AUGACGUGUCAAAGCUGCAGAACGUUUGAUCCUCAUUGUGCUACUUGUUCUCCCGACUUUUCCAGAAAGUGUGUGACCUGUGACAGUGGGUAUUACCCGUCAAAUGGAAUCUGUGUAGCAUGUUCAACAACGUGUCAACAAAAUAAAUGCAACACAGCAAAUGGUAUGUGCAUGUUAUGUAUUGAUAAUUACGUUGUGACUUCACCAAUUUCAACAAAUUGUAUAAUGUGCUCUGCACGGAACAAAGACUGUGUGACUUGUGCAACAAAUUUCACUCAGAAGUGUGUGAAAUGCAAAAAUGGUAAAUUUGCAUCAAAUGGAAAGUGUAUAGAUUGUGAAUCGACGUGUGGUGGUACCUGUGAUGGAGUUAGUGGAUAUUGUACUGGUUGUACAGCAACGUAUGUCCCUUCCAACACCAAUCUGUCUAUGUGUAUUUUAUGUCAGGCAUUUGAUUCGAAUUGUGAGAGUUGUGUGACUGGUGAGCGGAAGUGCACAAAGUGUUCAACGCCAAACAUGUACCCUGACGACACGUCACAUAUGUGUGUAUCGUGUUCAACAACAUGUGGAGGGAGCUGUGAUGCAAUCAAUGGAAUAUGCACAACAUGUCAAGAUAACUACGUUUUCCAAUCAACUAAAUCACGUGUGUGUGAACAAUGUUCAACUUUUGACACACAUUGUAAUAAAUGUUCGUCUGCAUUCGAAAGAAGGUGUGUGAUGUGUAAUACGUGA